AUGAAAGCACUGCUUGCUGCUGCUGUGGGGUUUGCAACUGCGAGUUGGCAUAACUUGGAGUCUGUGAACUGUUCUGCUUCGAAGAGUCCGUUUUCACAGUCUGAGUUUCGUCCUUUUACACUGAUCAAUUUUUACGACGAAUCAUACAACGCGAGAGUGUUUCGUUUCGCUCUUCCCGAGGCUGACAUGCCUUUGAGUCUUGAGGUGGCCUCAUGCAUCACGGCGAGGUACGUCAACGAGGAAGGAAAAGACGUGGUGCGUCCUUACACACCCAUCAACAGGAGUGACCAACGCGGUUACUUUGAUCUGAUUGUGAAGAGGUACGAUAACUCUAAGAUGGGGAGUCAUCUUUUUUCCCUGAAAAAGGGUGAUACUGUUGAUUUCAAGGGGCCAUGGGUGAAACUGCCAAUCAAAGCGAAUCAAUACAAGCAAAUUGGCAUGCUUGCAGGAGGUACGGGAAUUGCACCAAUGUACCAAGUGGCUCGCAACGUCCUAUGCACACCGAAGAAUGCGACAGAGGUUUCUCUCAUCUAUGCUAACCAUCGAAAGGAGGACGUGUUAUUGGGAAAUGAGCUAAAUGAAUUAAUGGAGACAUACCCAUUGUUUUCUCCGUAUUAUGUUCUCACUAAUGCACCUUCCGAUUGGAUGGGUGGCGUUGGAUACAUAAACAAAGAGAUGGUCAAGUCACUCAUGCCACCACCAAACCGUGCGGCAGACUCCAUCAUUCUGAUUUGCGGACCGCCUCCGUUUAUGGAAGCUAUGUCAGGGGACAAGGACUUCAGUACUAAACCACCUUCUCAGGGUCAAUUGAAGGGGAUUCUUAAGGAGUUGGGAUAUAUGCAGAAGAUGAUCUUUAAGUUUUAG